AGAGGAUGUGUGACGUCGUUGCGUCAUUUCCACGUCGUGCGUGCGCGGAACAUGGCGACGUCCCUGGGCUCAAACACCUACAACAGACAGAACUGGGAAGAUUCGGACUUCCCUAUUCUCUGUCAAACAUGUCUUGGGGAAAAUCCGUACAUUCGCAUGACUAAGGAAAAGUAUGGCAAAGAAUGCAAGAUAUGUGCUCGUCCCUUCACCGUCUUCCGCUGGUGUCCCGGUGUACGGAUGCGCUUUAAGAAGACGGAGGUGUGUCAGACCUGCAGUAAGAUGAAGAACGUCUGUCAGACGUGUUUGCUGGACCUGGAGUACGGUCUUCCAAUCCAGGUCAGAGACACAAGCAUGUCUAUUAAAGACGACAUGCCGAGGUCUGACGUGAACAAGGAAUAUUACACUCAGAACAUGGAGAGAGAGAUCCAGAACUCUGACGGCACCAGACCGGUGGGGAUGCUGGGUAAAGCACAGAGCCCCAGUGACAUGCUGCUGAAGCUGGCGCGAACCACUCCGUACUACAAGCGCAACAGACCUCAUAUCUGCUCGUUCUGGGUGAAGGGAGAGUGUAAGAGAGGAGAGGAGUGUCCGUACAGACAUGAGAAGCCCACAGACCCUGACGAUCCUCUGGCCGAUCAGAACAUUAAAGAUCGUUAUUAUGGCAUCAACGACCCGGUGGCAGAUAAACUCCUCAAGAGAGCGUCCACCAUGCCUCGACUGGACCCUCCCGAGGACAAGUCCAUCACUACACUGUACAUAGGAGGGCUGGGAGAAAACAUCACUGACUCUGAGCUCAGGAAUAAUUUCUACCAGUUCGGUGAGAUCCGUACGAUCACGUUGGUUGAGAGGCAGCAGUGCGCGUUCAUUCAGUUUGCCACACGGCAGGGGGCGGAGCUCGCUGCGGAGAAAACCUUCAAUAAGCUCAUCAUUAACGGCCGCAGGCUGGCGGUGAAGUGGGGCCGCUCACAAGCUGCUAAAGGGCAAGAUGUGAAGGACGGGUUCAGUGAGAUGGGCACCAGACUAGAACCAGUACCAGGUCUCCCUACAGCUCUACCUCUACCGCCUGCUCUAGAGGAGGAAGCGCCUGCCAACUAUUUUAACCUGGACCCGAGCGGCUCUCCUGCGCUCAUGAACAUCAGUCUGCCGCCUCCGCCCGGACUCCCAAACCCACCACCGCCUGGUUUUGGGCCUCCCAUGUUCCAACCCAUGGGUCCUCCUCCACCUCCUCCGAUGGGUUUGAGACCUCCAGGCCACAUCCAUUACCCUUCCCAGGAUCCUCAGCGCAUGGGUGCGCAUGCUGCCGUUCGCCACAGUGACUGAUUGAUUGACUGCUCACGUGGGGACUAGUAAAGAUUCUCCUGCUGCUGCGGGUUAUUGUACUGUGAAGGUGAUGUCAUCAGAGGGUGGAGUCUGUGACAUCAUACAGAGUGAUUGACUGGAACACUAUGGGAAGUGCCAGUAAUGGUACGGUAGUGUGAUUGGGCGCUGUUGUUGUAAAUGCAGUGCCAGUUGUACGCCACAAUAAUGCCUCAGUCACAUCGUAUUUACAAACAAAGCUUACCAACAGAUAGGCCUGUGUUAUUAAAAGUUUACUCCGGGCAAUAAGCUGCUGUGUUUGAUACAUCAUCAUGACAUGCGACGUUUACGACUAAUAUGACUGUUUGCAUUUUGACAUUUUCAUGAAAAUUUAACCCAAUUCCCCCCAAAUUGUAAUUACUGUUCAUUGUUGUUGCAUUACAAUAGGUAACUGAGAAUUUGGGUGGAUAAUUAUUGCUUAAUUAGUGCUGCAAAAAAAUCCUUGUGGUCCUAAAAUAGGCUUGAUUUUCUUUUUGCAAGAUAAAAUUGUUUAUAUUGUUUAUUUGUUGCGAGAUUCACAAACCCACACACACAUUUCAGUCUUGCGUCUAGAGAUUUAACACACAUAAAAAUGAAUUGUGUCCAAGAUGCAACUAUAUUCAAAGACAGAUUUUUAACAUGAGAUAUUAGUGUAGCCACUUCUUGCAUCUCUCUAGAGAGAAAAAAAACAACAACUUGUUUUCUGAUAUUUAUCAGUUUCUUAUUCUGCUCUGAAACAUUUUUUUUACUGGACUGUCAGUUCAGUGCUUUUCUUUUGUUGUAAAGGAAUUAAAAAACAAGGACUUUAUUGAAAGAACCUACGGUUACCAUUUUCUUUUGUGAACAUUAAACUAGCUGUCAUUAAA